AUGCACACCUUCACUAGGGCUACUGAUGGCCUUAGCCCCCAAACAAAGUGGCACCAGGGCAUCGGCCACGCCGUCUCUACGCCGCCAGGACGUCGGCCUGCCAAAGUUACGUUGAAAGGCAAGACCGUGACGGCCAAGCCAUUGGUUCCCGAGCAUGCGGGCGAGCUCUAUAGCCUUGUCGAAGGGGAGGACAACGGUCACCUCUGGACAUAUCUGUCCGACGAGCCAUAUGCAUCUCUAGAAAGCUUCACAGAAGCGGUCACGGCGAAAUCGCAAUCCGCAGAUCCGUUGUUCUUCGCCGUGGCCAGCAAUGAAACUGAAAAGCCGGUCGGAUGGGCGUCGCUGAUGCGCAUUGACGAGAAGAACCGGGUGGUGGAAGUCGGGCACAUCUUGUUCUCGCCAUUGUUGCAGCGCACCAAGGCGGCCACCGAGGCCAUGUAUCUCCUGGCAAAGCAUGUGUUUGAAGACCUGGGCUACCGCAGGUAUGAGUGGAAAUGCGAUAAUCUCAAUCUCCCUUCCAAGCGUGCUGCUGUGCGCUUGGGCUUCACCUUCGAAGGAGUCUUCCGACAGCACAUCAUCUACAAGGGGAGAUCGCGUGACACCGCCUGGUUCUCCAUGAUUGAUACUGACUGGCCCAUCGUCAAGGCUGGGUUGGAGGCAUGGCUGGAUGAUGCGAACUUUGAUAAAGCUGGGCAGCAGGUGCGCCGACUGGAAGAGCUUCGAGACACUCUCGGCAACCAACGAGGCCCGGUUGUUUUGGAGUUAUGA